CAAUUGGCCAUAACAAUUGAUACUUAAUUUGUAUACUAACUUCCAAAAAAAGAGAAAAAAAUCAAGAAAGGCCUAAAAAUAAAGGAAUCUUUCAAGUGCCACGUCAUAUGAAACUAGGAGCUGACGUGUAAUUCAUUCCUAAAAUGAUGGCAUUCAUGGAAGAAUUGGCCAUCUCUAAAACCCACAAGAACUAAAUCCCUACACACCUAACAAACUCACCACAAUUAAAGCCUCUUAUCUGCUUUCUUUUUGCCCAUUGAAAUAACUGCCCACUGAUAUUCUCAACAAAAUGCCGCCGAAGAACAGCAACAAACCCUCGGACUGGGAGGCUGCCACUGCAGCAACUGCAGUUGAAGCCAUUGAAGAGGAAGAAGGAAGCUCUAAAGUGGCAUCCAUGGGAUUUGGGAUCAACAAGUACACUUUCAUUUGCUCAAUUUUGGCUUCCACAAACUCCAUUUUGUUGGGCUACGAUAUCGGAGUAAUGAGUGGGGCUGUGCUUUACAUCGAAGAGAAUCUCAAUAUCUCAUCAACCCAAGUCGAAAUCCUUGUGGGAUCCUUAAACGUUCUCUCUCUAAUCGGCUCUCUCGCUUCCGGCCGAACCUCCGAUUCAAUCGGCCGCCGAUACACAACAUUCCUCGCAUCUACAACAUUUCUAAUCGGCGCCUUAUUAAUGGGUCUCGCCCCAUCUUACCCUCUCCUCCUCGCCGGCCGAAUGAUCGCCGGCAUCGGCGUCGGUUACGCUCUAAUGAUCGCCCCUGUUUACACAGCCGAGCUCUCUCCAGCCACAUCCCGCGGCCUCCUCAGUUCCCUCCCGGAAAUCUUCAUUACAUUCGGUAUUUUACUCGGCUACAUCAUCAACUACGCCUUAUCCGACCUGCCGCCACACAUCAACUGGAGAAUCAUGCUCGGACUCGCCGGAAUACCAGCGCUCGGCGUCGGAUUAGGCGUUCUAUCAAUGCCCGAAUCCCCUCGUUGGCUCGUCAUGAAAGGCAAAUCAGAAGAAGCCAGAAAGGUCUUACUCAAAAUCUCAACAAACGAAAUCGAAGCAGAGGAGAGACUGAGGGCAAUAACCGACGCCGCCGCCGCCGCCGCCGCAGGCUGGCACGGACAAGGGGUUUGGAAGGAACUACUGAUAAACCCCACAAAGCCAAUCCGGCGAAUGCUAAUAGCCGCCGUCGGGAUAAACUUCUUCAUGCAAGCAUCAGGAAACGACGCCGUAAUGUACUACUCACCGGAAGUAUUCCGAGCAGCCGGAAUCCGCGAGAAACGGCAUCUCUUCGGCGUGAACGUAGUAAUGGGUGUUACAAAGAUCAGCUUCGUUCUAUUCUCGGCCCUCUAUUUAGACAGAUUCGGAAGACGGCGGCUGUUACUAGUGGGUUCCACCGGGAUGGCGGUAGCGCUAGCGUUAUUGGGCCUGGGCUCGAAAGUAAUGGAAAGGGGAAAAGGCAGGCCGACAUGGGCCGUGGUAUUGAGUAUAAUAGCAUUAUGUGGUGACGUGGCGUUGUUUUCAAUUGGGCUUGGGCCCAUAACGUGGGUAUAUUCAUCAGAGAUAUUUCCUAAUAGAAUGAGAGCGCAAGGUUCGAGCUUGGCGGUAUCAGUGAAUAGAUUGGUGAGUGGAGUUGUAUCGAUGACGUUUUUGAGUAUUUCAAAGGAGAUAACAUUUGGAGGGAUGUUUUUAGUGUUAUCAGGAAUAAUGGCAGUGGCUACAGUUUUCUUUUACUUCUUUUUGCCAGAGACUAAAGGAAAAAGCUUGGAGGAGAUGGAAAUUCUAUUUCAGGAUAAGAAUAGUAAACAGAGUAAUGAUAAUGAUAAUAAGUCUUUGCCAGAUUGAAUACACAUUGUAAUCUCCUUUCCCCCAGUGUUCAGUUUGUUUCUUCUUCAUAUUGUUAUGUUUAGAUUUUGUUUUGUGGUUUUGGGAUCAUUGAAUGAGCCUUUUGUACAUCACACUAAAUGCUUCUGAUUUAUGAUUUUUGAAUA